AGAGCGAUCGUGGUAUGAAAAGAACAAGCACAUUUUUCCCGCCAGUCGUUGGGAAGUCUUUGAUCCAGAAAAGAAUUACGGCAAAUACACAAUCAAGGAUUCUAAAAAAGCUGUGUAAAUAAUAAUAAAGGAUGUUUGAUAUUUGCCUUUAGUUCGGACUAUCAUGGUGGCGUUUGACAUAUGUUUACGCCGCUGCUUGCUGCUUUGAUAUAAUUUCACAUGCAGAAUCACACAGAGCCUUCCGAUACCUUCCCCUCUUUAGCCCCUGUAUUAUCACAACACGAUAUGCUUCCAUGGUCAGACAAAGGAGGAGCCUCUGGCAGCUCUUCAAGCACUCUUCGCCAAGACGAAAAUAUUUCUAACAGCAGCCAAUAUCGAUCAACCUCCAAUGCUGCCGAAUCAAGUCGCUUCCGUUCUCAACAACAACAAUCUCGACAAGGACGAGUUGACGAUCAAGCGUUUGACACAUUUGGAGCGCCACGACAAUCGCAAGCAACUUCUAACAACCCAGUUCAAUUCCAUUCUAUGCAACAACCAGAUCCUAUACUUCUAAACCGCGGGCUACCACCUGCACCACAAGAGCACACGAGCGAUGGCGCUGGCAUUCAGGCUUUCCUAAACUCGACUGCAUAUACGGACGAGCUGUAUGGUGAGGACCUCGUACCUGACUCAAACACCUACUUGUCACACCGACAUCAAAUGGACCAUCAGCAUAGUAUAGCAGAACAACAACGCCAGCACCAAUGGCAAGAUUUGCUCCAGGCAGAGGAUAUCGUGGCAUAUUUGCAAGAAAUGCGGUACACCGAUGACAUCUAUGGCGCACCGCCAGCUGUGGAGGCGCUGAUCAAGGAGGCACAAAAGGAGGUGGCGGAGGAGAAUCAGGCCAGCAGCAACACGGAACAGAACUGUGGACCGGCUGUGCAGCGGUUAGCGAUGGUACGGAAUCACUUGAUGGCUGAAGCGCGUGGCAAUGUGGAUGCAGCAGUCAAACAAGGCCAAACGUUACAACAGGAUGAUUGGGAGCAGAUAUUGUCCAAAGGAAGUGUUUUAUGAGUUGAAAAUGAAGAAUUAUUACAAAGAAAAAAUAGAGGGAAUGCUUUUGGCUUUUUGUCUUUAAAUAAAAGAAACUGCGUUUGCUAUAUGUAUACAUGGAA